AUGAUUCGAAACGCAGGCCCUUAUUCCGAGACACUCCUUCUCGCAAUAGCCAUUAUUGCUAUGUUCGGCCCGCCGGACGUUUCUCAGGGCAAAAAGAUCCAUUACCACGGCCACAAACUCGCACAGGAUAAUGAGUUUUAUUCUCGAGAGAAUGUAGAGACUAGCCAUCUCCACGCAUUGGUAACAUUGACAAAGCAGAGUGGAGGUCUCCUGACCAUCUCGCUUGCAAACCUGGCGGGCUUAAUAUAUUUGCUGGAUGUCUUAGAUUCCUUCUCCAAUCUUCGGAGGCCAUCGUUCCCCGAUUUUAUGUCUUUUGAACCAUAUAUGGAUCACCUGAAGUUUGGAAAAGAACUAAGACGACAGCAAGGGUUUGGAUUGGACGGAGUGGAGGAUGGAUUUGCAAUUUUGAAUGACCACAAACCUGCUCAGACUUUGUUGGAAAUCGUGCCCCUUGCGCGCGCCUUAAUGGACAGUUAUGACGCAUACCUAGAGAAUGCGCGUUGUGGAGUUGAUUUUAUCAAACUCAUCAUCGCACGGCGCAACCUCCAGCACCAAGCGUUGUCCACCAGGUCGAAAGGAACGUUGAUCUAUCGACUUUGUCGCCUGGGACUCUUGAUGGUUCUCUGUGAGAGUAUUGAGCCAUUUCCACAGAUUCGCGCCUACCAUGCCUUCAGCUCUCGUCAAAUGAUGCUGCUGAUGGACGAAUGCGACAAACUUGGCUACUGGAGCUCUCACCCGGACCUGCUCCUGUGGGUGACCAUACUGGGUGGAUACACUGCCCGAAAGAACUCUCUGCAAUGGUGGUUCGCUGAGCAGCUCCAAUCCAGCAGAGUACCUGUCGCGAAGGAUCGAUGGCAAGAUGCGCGCAGAGUUUGUGAGCGAUUCGUGGCUGUGACACACAGACAAGAACAAGGUUGUCAUGAAUUCUGGGACGUUGCUUGUAGCUGGCUUUCGAGGAAAUGA